AUGUCGACGCUCGAGCACCCUCAGCCCACCCCAGCGGCCCUUGCGAGUGUCCCGGAGGCCGAGCCGCAAGAGCUUUCUGAUGAGGAUGCGGGGGCGCUGCUGGCUCUGCGCGACGCCAACCCGGGGUCCGAGCUGCCCGAGGUGUGGCGUGGCGCGCCGUCCGCAGGCUGGCCGGGGCUGGUGACCGACCCCCAUGACAACGCAGUCCUGGAGAUCGUGCUGGACGGCCGGGCCCUGGCUGUGGUGCCACCCGACAUCGGCAGCCUGGGGCGGCUGACCAAGCUGUGGCUGAGCAACAACGGGCUGAGGGCGUUGCCCCCAGAGGUGGAGCGCCUGCAGCACCUGGACUCCCUGUGGCUGGGUGGCAACCUGCUGCGCUCCGGCACCCUGCCCUCCGCCAUGACGCGCCUCACAGCCCUCAAGAAGCU